GUCAUCACGACGGAAAUGGGAAGAAACUGCGAAACCUGGUCCAUUAUGGAGAUGGAACAAGAUCAGCACUUGUUAUAAGUUUCGCAGGUGCUCGUAGAAAUGGUCCGUCGUUCGUCAUCGUGGACCACAAUUUGAUACCAUCCUUAUCCCGCGGACGAACAAAUGAUUUGGAUGCUGUGUACCGUUAAUGGAAUGCUACAGUAGUAUAACAUAUCAGGACUAAACAUCUAACGCUCCAUACCUCUACUCCUCACAUACCGCCCGGCGUGUCUUACACGUGUGGGAAGAAUGUGGAAUCGCGAAUGGAAUGAGGCAACCUGGGAUACCAUAUAUACACUAGGAACGAUGACUCCUGGGUAAUCUUUGUGAUGAUGCUUUUACCAGGAACUCGUGUCUGAGGUGUCUAGACCAGGCGGUACGUAUCUACUGAACGGACAAUAGUCUGGACCACUGGAUCGAUCUAGUAGAGACAUUCCUUAUCAAGCAGACAUCAACUAGUCAUGUAACCAACGAAUCCAGCAAUCUGCUCGCUGCCCCAGUUACUUCUAUAGUUACCAAACAUAAUCGAGAUUAGGCAUGCUUCUCGUUGUGGUGGGUGGUACCUGGUCCAUCGUGGUCUUAUGCUAUUACGCCAUGAACCAGAUCGAUUCAAGGCUCCUCGGGCAUGACAGCCUCAAGAUACCAGAGAUAUUAUUCUAUACGCCAAAUGACAAGUCACGUUUACUAGGAUAUCGUUAUCGCGGCUGAAGCCCUUCAUACGGCGCGAUAUGGCCGAUUAGAAUUUUUUCUAAGAAUCCCGAGGAUGACGAUUUACGCUGACAUUGACGAAUCAGCAUCUCAACCGAAGUUCAAAGUCGAUCAUCCGCGCACCUGCGACAUCGUCCUCGGACACCUGCCAAAGCGGAGAACGGAUGCUGCGUGCGCACGAAUCAAGAUCAGGAAUUUCUUUAACCGAUCUCAGAUGGAAUCCCGUCCAUGGGAGAGACUGGCUUCGUCACCUCGUGGUCCAUAUUAGCAUGACUUUGACGCGUGCUUCCACGAUUAUUAAGUGUCUGCUCGAGGUUGCUCCUUCAGAAGUCCUCGCGGACGAGGAUAGUUACCCAGCUCGGUUCGAUAGCUAAACUUUGACGUUGUCAUUGUUUAAGAUAGAUAUAUACACAGAGACAUAUAUAUAACGGCAGUUGGAAGUCCGUCUAUAAAUUCCGUAAUCAAUGUUUAAGAUAUUUAGGUUAAAAUGACGCAAGCGCCAGGACGCUCCGGACAAAGAAGUCUCAUCGGCAUUGCCGAAGAAACGAGCUCGGUCGAAUGUCGGAGCUAUCGACGCCGUUAAAAUAAGAUUUAAGACCGUCCAGUUGCUAUGAUCAUUGAAACUGGCUUGAUUGGUCGAACGAAAAAUUGAUCUAGGUCCCUCUUAUUCCCCUGAUGGAAAUGCCAGAGAACCAUGAGACCAACUCAGGGAUCUCCUGGUCUGGCGUCGUUGGGGCAUCGAUAAAAGUCGCUAUUACGUGUCUCGGAUUGGCACAUCAUGAUUUAAGGAUUUUAAUGCCAGACAAACACUUUUAUUCACGGAUGACGAUAGAGACCGAUCUCCGUUAACGCUCUCAGGUUUGACUACCGUUCCGCAAUCGUUUCCCGCGACUGUACCUCGGCUCUCGGCUCUCGUUCGGUAAAGAUAAUGACAGUCUGCGUGGCUGUCACUCACGCGCGACCGAUGACAAUCAAGAAGAGUUGACACAGGCGCCUUGUAAAAUACCUAACGAAAGUCAUCGUGUCAUUGCAAUCGAUUAAACGAGAACGGAUCUUCCCUUUGUCGCAAUGCUCCCGCCGUAAACGUGCAUAUCGUGUACAGAGAGCGCGGAGGAGAACGAAGAGUAGAAAUAAGAAAAAAGAAAAUUUAGGUAAAGCCUCGAGAAGGAAACGAUCGGUUUUCGAGAGCGAAUCUAAAGGGAUCGUUCCGGGAUGGAGAGUGUCGUACCCAUCCGGCGUCCCUCCAGGUUUUCAAGGAAGCCGAAGAACGAAUGCGUCACGUUUCACAGUCUACAAUUUCAGUAAACCCAGGUGAAUCGAGUGAUCUUUAUUGCGCAAGGACAAGAUCCUAAGCAGAGAGUGAAUCCGCAGUUUGUAACCGCAAGAAGAAGAAAAAAAGAAAAGGAAGCAAAGGAAAAUCUUACUCCGGAAAGUUAACGUAAAAGGAGUUGGAACCGGAAGCAUGAUUAAAAAAAAAUCAAAACAAUGAUUUAAGAUCCAGAAUUCGAAAAAUUGUAUAAUUUUUAUUUAUAAAAUCAAAAGCAUUCGCCGUUCCGGUGCUCCGUCCUAGGACAACCGUGUCCCGAUCCGAAGGAUCUGAACUAUGCUGAACGAGAGCCGGUACGGCGGUAACCGUCGCCUAGGAGUGAUGCUGUGGAUCUUACGGAUGAUUCUGGUGGUGGUGCCCGCGUAUGGCAGAAUGGUGGGGUGUCGGUACAGUUGCAAAGGUGAAUUAGUGCCUGGGAGUUAUGGAGCGAAGGAGAGUAUAGUAUAGGAAUGGUGGGAGUAUUCCGGUGCUGAGAGGCUGGGAGGAGUAGUUGGUAGUAGUAGAGGUACCGAUGGUCCAGGGAGGUAGGUAGGUAGGUAGUGAACCAGACCAAAGGAAGCGGAGCAGCAGAGGGAGGGCAGGUCGCGUGCCGGCGUGGUGCUACUCCGUUCUAGAGAGACUAACCAACAUUACGUUAUUUUGUACCGAUACAUUCGAAGAUCUAGACCCUACCUACCAACCUACCUAUCUACCUACCUACCUACCUACCUACCUACCUACCUAGAUAUCUGUCUACCUACCUACCUACCUACCUACCUAUCUCUACCAACCUACGACUUCGCUUCCCCGCCUAGUCCAUGCCUGCCUAACUUGCUUCACUUACUCUUACUCACCACCGCUACAAUACCGUCCACGAUACCGCAGGAUUAAACACUAAUGCUGCUGGACAACGCUACAACGCACCAUACUCCCCUGUAACACUGAAACAUCGGACAGUCAGGACUCAGCUGUCCUGCCGAAGACACGUCAAUCCGUGUCUCCAUCGUUAUCGCACAAUAACGUGAACCGGGUUAUCGUUUGGACGUUGCCGCAAGGAGUAUUCAGACCUCGUGGUUAUCAUUGAUCGAAGAGACCAAAUCGAUAUGUUGGUCGAAUGUGACAGUAUAGGGGAUGCGUCGAGAUAAUUAACGUGGACUAUUAUUUUCUUUUUUAUUAAUGGGACUGUGUGACAACCGGCCGAUUGUCUGAAAGGAAGCUUCUCGUGUUUUGUGGCAGGAUGCUGGGACUGGGAUUGAUCUGUGGAUGGAUGAUCCAGGAAAUAUUCAUCAGGACAUAAGGACUAAGUUGGUUUAUUAUUAUACUGUGUUGGUUUUCCUGUUUUUUUUUUUUUUUUUUAAUGAGAUUCACUUCGAAUUCGGAGCUUGUAGCAGUGCUUCAGUAUAAUAUUGGCAGUGGUUGUGAACAGGACGGAGAUUGUUUUCAGUGAUAACGAUAACGGAACUAUGUGAUAUCGAUUCGGGAUCGGUUGUUCAUAUUUUAUACAUUUAUUGGAAACUGUGUCAAAGUGCUCCAGAUUCAUCGGCGUUAUAGAUUGUGGAAUGCCAGGCAAGGUAAUGAUCAUUGUAGUCACCGUGCGGUCAUCCAAGGAGCAACGACAUACCUGACAGAAGCUGCAGUGUGAUGAGCGCAUAUCUUGGAGCAAGCGCACCGUCCCCGUUGCAUCACGAUCCUGAUUAUCCUUCAGCCAUGCGGGAGAAGGACUCCAGUCCAAGAAAGAUGCCUGGACACAUAAGCCCGAAACAGGCGAGCAUAUAUCCCCUGAGCGUGAGAGUACCGGAUGUCGAGGAGCUACCGUACGACUUGAGUCACGCCCAUAGUCGUGCUAGUCCAAUGCUGAUGAACCAGCAGCCACACAUGAGUCCGGCGGCGCGACCACCUCAUCAUCAUGAUCUAGACUGCGAGCCGUUGGAUCUGCGCGUCGAUCGUAAGAAGGAACGACUUAGGGACGAGAAUCAGAACGAGAUCGAGAUGCUCAAUCAGAACAACUUGAGUCUAUCUUAUCGUACGGUUCUGUUCCCGCAGCAUCACGCGGUCCAUCCUCUUGUGCUGGAAGCGAUGUACCGCUCCCAUCAGCACAAUCCCGUUCCCGACCUACCUAAGAUCCAGGUGAGAGCACUGCCCACGAUGGUGCCUCUGCCACCUAAUAGAUUCUCAUCAGCAACGACCACUCAGGCACCACCUAGCAGGGUACCCACUCCUCUUCCUAAUCAGCAACAGCCGCAGCAGCCACCCUCGAGUCUGCCGCCUUACUCGAUCACGGUCACGGCCGGGUUGAAGCCCAAGGAUCGUUACUCGUGCAAGUUCUGUGGAAAGGUCUUCCCGAGGUCGGCCAACCUUACGCGGCACCUCAGGACCCAUACCGGCGAGCAACCUUACAAGUGCAAAUACUGCGAGAGGUCCUUCAGCAUCUCCAGCAAUCUUCAGCGUCACGUCAGGAAUAUACAUAACAAAGAGAAGCCGUUCAAGUGCCCGUUGUGCGAGCGAUGCUUCGGUCAACAGACUAAUCUCGAUCGUCAUCUCAAGAAGCACGACGCGGAUGGUCCAACGAUACUGGACGAAGCUCGCACCAGGUAUCACAGUCAGCUACCCAGAGCCGAUGACUCUUACUUCGAGGAGAUCCGCAGCUUCAUGGGUAAGAUCACCUCUCAGCGCCAGGGGAUUCCCUAUUUUCCUGGUCUCCUCGGACCGACCAGCGACGACUUCAAGACGGACAAGCAGCAAUUGCAGUUGGAGGAGAAGCGCGGCGACUCGUCCUACUUCAGCGACCGGGACAACCUGAGCUCGAGGUCGAGCAGCAGCGCCAGCAGAGCCGAGAGCGUUCACGAGGAACAAAGGGACGCGAAUUCGCCGCCCCUGUCACCAGGUAACAACACCUGAGCCACGAGGACGACGUGCCCGACGCCUGGGCGUCGCUCGUCCCGUCUUUCAAGGCGAUACAGACACACACCGUACCGAGGUACCCUGCCCAAGGAAGUGAAGGUGAAUCCCAAGGUGCUCCAUAGACGGCGGACCAGCUACGAUUCCUUGGUGAAAGGUGCCCAGGGACAAGAUUCUGGACCGUUUGCAGAGAGCGUGAAACAUCAUCUCCAGUACUGACUAACGGCCUAUCAUUUCAUACCGGGGCACACCACCGUGCGCCGAGAUAACAAAAACGAAGAAUCCGGAGUGCCGGGAGCUGGCUGGAUACUGGCACAGCAUCCCAAUAAGUAACAGUGAUAAAAUUAUACGGUGGAUCGACUUUAUCUCCAGGAAGGAAGCACAAUUUUUCUCGCUACUUCAUUUCACUCUUUUCCUAACGACUUUGGUUAUGUCCUUCCUAUGAACGGAACAAACAUCUCUGUCGUAAUCAGCGAUCAGUCAUUCUCUCAUUUUUUUUAUCUCGCGCUUCGAAUCUCGUUCUGUACCAGGAUCGAACGACGUACAGGCGAAACGAUUGCGAGACGUGGAAAAGUAUAGGCGAGAGAACGAUGGAGAUAAAAAAAAAGGUGGAAAAAUUCAAGGAAAUAAAAUGCAACGCAGCGCUGGACGGGUAAUUCGUUCCAGUAGGAAAACAGCGCAGAUCCCGAUUUUACGACCUAGAAAGUGAAUUUAAAGCCCGGUCUGUACCGGUACCCGCAUUGACCAAGGUACCUUCUCUCGGAACAGGAUCCCCAGGAGUUCAGUGCAGUGAUAAAAAUAAUUAGAAAUCGAUAGAGCCAUUUCGUUCCCACUCCGUAGACAGAGCCACUCUAUACGCCUGGGUAGAAGAUGAAGAGGAUGAUGAAAAAUGAAAAAAAAAAAAAAAAAAAA